AUGGGAAGCUGUUCAAGCAUAAAUAGUGUUUAGCCUAAAUAAGAAGUAAUAGUUAGAAGAGUCAAGGUUAAUCCGGUUAAGAUGAAACAGAGAGAAGAUUUGAAAAAGUAGAAAUUAUCAAAAGAUAGACUCUAUUUAGGAGAAGAUAGGACUGUUGAGGUUUAAUUAGAUUAAUUUCUAAUCUAAUCUCAUUUAAUGUAGUCUUUACAAAGGCAAACUUCUACUUAUUUAGGAACUUACAUUUUUAAUUCAAGAACUUAAAAAGCUUUCUAGCCUAUGCUAAAGAAUUUAGUUCUUGAUUAUUAAGAGUAAUUUCCUAAGUGGCUCCUUUAUGAUGAAUAGUUUCGUAAUGAUCAAUUGCAAGAGUUUUUAUAAAAAUGCUAAGAAACAGCUAAAUUACAAACUUAAGAUGAGCAGUUUUAAAAAGAUAAAAAUGAGAGCGAAGAAGAUGAUGAUGAAGAUGAAGACGAUGAUGACCAAAGUGACGAUCAAAGUGAUGAUUAAUCAUAAAAUGAAUCAAUGAAAUAAUCUGCUAGCUAAAUCAACAAUAGAAAAAAUAGUAAACCAAAUAUUGUAAGGAAGAGUAGAGAAUUAGAUAAGAUAAGUUAAGGUGAAAAUGAUGGCAAGUAGGAAGAUGGAAAAUUAUUGUCAUCAAAUAAUUCUUAAAGCUAAAUAAGAGGAAGUAGUAAUAAUAAUGGCCAAAGUAGGAGAGUAAGCGGCUAGUCUAAUAAAAAUAACUAAUUAUUUACUAAGACCAAAUCUUUUGUAGAAGAAAAAAGCCAGAUCUCUAAAAAGAGUGCUGUACAAGAUAGUGAUAAAGAGAGCGAUUAGGACAGCGAAGAUGAGCGUAAUAAAACUAAUAUGCAUAAAGUGUAAGAAAUAUCAGGAAUGAGAAGGCCAUCGAAUCAUAAAAAUACUUAACUAUUAUAAAAGCAUGUAUUUGAUGAGGAGAACUUAUUAAGAAGUUCUAAUUCUGGCUAAGCAACAGGUAAAAAGAGAUAAAGCAAUGAAGCUCAUACAAUGCUUUAAAUAGAAAGUAAAAGUCAAAUUGAUUCAAAACCCCCAACAAGCAGACAAAAUCGUCCAAGCAAUGCUAAUAAUACUUAUGUUAUUAAACAAUAUAAUAUUGUAAAAAACGAAUGGAUUCACUCAGCUAUCUGCAAAACAGAGAUUAAGACUCCUUAGAACUUAUUAGAGUUUAAAAGGAGGUACUUUUAUGAAUUUGAUAAAAUGUCUGCCUUUCUAUCUUACUUGCUUGCUUUAAAGCGUUAAAAUUUUUCAAAUUUGCUUACCUUUUCAUACAUAUAGAUAGGUGAGACUCAAUAUAACGGAGGAAUGUUUAAGUCUAGAAAAUAAAAUUUAUAAGCUUUAGCUGCUAAUGAUGCAAAAGGUAAAUAGGGAGAUAUGCACUAAAGUGUUAAAAGAAGGUAAUCACUGCUUAACAAAUAAGAUCCAGAUGACGAAGAAGAUAGCAAAUUAAUUAUGUAUAUCGAUAGAAUUUUUCCUGAAUGUGGCAAAACAUUAGAUGAACAUAUUCACUCAGUAGCUCCCGGAGAAGAUUUAAUUAAAAUUUGUGCCAGGGCCUUCCAAGUAUUUGACACAAUUGCCAAUACACUUUGUAAAAUGCAUAGAGCUGGUUUUUCAUAUAGAGUUCUAAAGCCAUCUAUGGUGAGAAUAUUUGUGUCAAACCGAUAAACUCACGUUUAUUUAGAUAGUCCUGAUUUCAUUUGGAAUGAAUAGGAAAGCAAAUACUUGCAAAGAAGAAUAUUAAAUGAAAUAGACUAUAUGUAUUAUGAUUGUAAGUGCUUAAGUGCUUUGAUGGUUUAUUAUUUCUAAACAGUCUUAGAACUUAGAAAUAGGAGGAGAGACUCUAAUCGUCCAAAUAUGAAUGCUGCAAAUUAGCAUAACAAUAACAAUGGUUCUUUAAGUAAUGCUAAUUCUAUGAUUGAAUUUAUUGGUAACAUAAAAUCCCCAAGAAAUAAUUAGGAAUCAAUGACUUCAAUACAAUAAAUUACAAAUGUUUAUAAUUUUACAGAAUUAGUUGCUUUAGAGGACUAAAAUGAAUUAGAUUAAAUAUUAGAAAAAAUAAAAUUACCAUAAAUUGCAUAAGAAGCCUUACAGUAAUUAGUUAUAGCAGAUUUCCAUGCAUAAAAGCCCAUAGAAGAAUUUACAGUUAGACUUUAAGGUGUAUUAGAAAAAGGGCCACAAACUGCUUUUAAACAUGAUUCAUUAAGUGCUUUUCUCUCAUACCAUGGAGACAGAACGUUAAAAAAUGAUAAUUAGCAUGUUUAUUUCCGCCGUAAAAACUAAAUUCACUUCUAUGAAUUCGAAAGCAAAACUUUUAAAGUCAUAAAGCUGAUUCGUAAAAAGGCAAAAUUCCCUGUUAAGACACAUUUAACAUUUUCUAAAUAUGACAACUGCUUCUACUUUUUCGCUGCAUCAAACUCAAAUAAAAUUGUCAAAAUUCCUUUAAAUAUAAACACUACAGAGCGUCAUAUAAUCAACUAAAAGUCAGAAGUUAUUUUUUUCAAGUCAAUUAAAAAUAUGGAAAUAGAGGAUCCACAAAUUUUAACAGUUGUACCUGAUGAUUACACUUUCAGACUAUUCGUAUUUAAUGGUAAAAAAACUACUGAUCCUGAGACAAAUGACAAUUAUUACAAUUCUUACAUUGUUCAAGUCUAGUAUAAAUAGGAAUAAUUCGGAUCUGAUGAUUGGAAUGAAUAAAUUAGAAUUUAUGAAGGACCACGAAAUUAUCUUUGGCGUAGGAAAGCAUUUCAUUUUUAUGAUCCUCACAAUAAAUUUAUUUACUGCAUCCUAGAUUCAUUAAAUAUUUUUGAAAGAGGAAUUCGUUAUUCUUAUUUUGACACCUCUAUUGAAAAAGGUGACUUUAAAGAUGGAAAUCUUAGGUUUGCUUGCAGUACAGAAGAUAUUUUUAAUUAGUUUUGCGAUCUUAAUAUGAAUUUAUCUUAGUUUGAAUUUUGUGUAGAAGUCUAACACGGAGUAUUUUUGUUGUCUGCUUCAAAAAAUAUUUAUAUUUUAGAUUUUAAUUACAAGUGUUUUUAUUCUUUUAGCACUUUAAAAUAACUUUUAAAUUUUGAUAAGAAUCAUGAGAAAUAUCCUCAUAGACAUCAAUAUGCUUAUGAAAUUCUAAAUCAACCAUUUGAAGUAAAGUUUAAUAAUGCACUCAAUUUAGGUAAGAAUGUAGUCUUUCAAGAAGGGAUGCUUCAUAUAUUAGGUAGAAAGGAAGUUGAAACUGUUAUAUGCUCGUACGAGCUUCUUCCAACUUAAGGUGUUAUGAUUCUAAAAAAAUGUGUUUCUUUACAUUCUUUUGAUGAUAUUCUAUUAAAAUCUCCUAAGCAGCUUUAUGAUAUUUGGACUUUUUAAGAAUUUAAAAGAAUUGUUUAUGAGAAAGCAGCUGGAGUAGGAGAGGAUAAGAAUGAUACUGGAUUAAAGCAAAUGAAAACAUUGAUUAACAUUAAAACUAUUUAGAAUGAAGGAGGAACUGGAUAGCAUAGCAAAAUAAGUGGUAGCGUUUUAAGCCCAACACCAUAAGCUUAAAAAAGUGUUACUAUUUAAAAAUUAAAAGCAGAUGUUGGAGGAAAUGAAAAAUUAAGUCAUUUUGCUACAAACAAGCAAAAUACUUUAUUUGCUCCAUCACCUUAAAUAUUUGUUAAUAAAAAUGGCAAUAUUGGAAGUAACAAUAACUUCUUACUUGCUGGCAAUAAUACUCCUUAAUUAGAUUAUAAGAUAUUAACGCCAAUGGCAGGUUCUAAUCGCUCAAACAAUACAAAUGCUGCCUUGUUAAAUGAUUAAAAAAACUAGUUAUCUAAGCAGGAUGAAAUAAGUAUGAACCAAUUUAUGGCAAAACUUAACUAUCUUAAAUAAGUUCCAUCUAAUUUUGAUGGAACAGUAGAACAGGAUGGAGAUUAUUAACAAAAUUAGUUUAAAAUAAUUUCAUUAUAUUAACAAACUGGAGAGUAUUAACUUUAUCGUAUAUUACAUUAAUCAUAGCUUUAUAAUUUGCGUAAAAUUGGUAUUGGAAGUAUCUCUGAGUAUGAGUAAUUUGUCUAAUUACUUGAGCUUAAUGCGCAAAGCAAGUACCUAAUUUAAAUCAAGCAGUGUUUCCUCAUGUAAGAUGAUAACACUGGAGCUCUUUUUGUCAACAUUAUCGAGGAAGAUAGCGAAUGGAGUCUUCUUGAUGAGCUUAAUAAGCGCAUAAAAGAGUAAAAUUAUUUUAAAAGCUAAGAGCUUGGUACAAUUUUAAAAGCCAUUUUCAAGGCUGUUAUUUCUUUAUAAACAAUUGAGUUAGUCCAUGGAAAUGUAUCACCUCGCCUUAUUUAUUUCACAGGUAAAGGUUAUAUUAGACUCGCUGGGUGGUAUUUAGAAAAUAGAGAAACUUUUCAAAAUGAUUUUAUAGAUGCAUGUACACUAAUAUAUCAAUUAGCAACUCUUGAAUAUGACGAGAAUUUAACAUUGACAUCAAGCUACAUCUAAGAAAAUUAAGAUAAACUUAAAAUGUACCCAGGUCUUUCUUCAUUUUUGAUAAACAAUAUGCUCAUCUUACAAGAUGGAGAUAAUUUAAAAUUAGAUUAAAUUAGUGAAGAUAUUAAAGAAAUAUAUUAGAGUUUACAAGUAAGUUACAUAAAAAAUAACAAGGACACUCUCUCGAGUGAUAAUAAACGUAUUUUUUGGAUAGGAUAUAAUACUAAUUACUUAAUAUCUUGCCAUUAUGAAGAACUUACCUUUUGUAAAAAUGAUGUUGUUUAUCUAAAUAAUACAUAAUAUAAAUUUUCUAAGCAUAACAUGUUUACUUUCGAUCAUGAAAGAAUGAUCUACAUGACUGGUUCUUAAAAGGAAGACUUUAAAACUUAACAACAACCAUUUUAUUGUAUGGAUUUUUCCUUUUAACAUUAGGCUAAAAUUAAAUUAAGAUAGUUAAAAGAUAUUCCUAACUCUAUUUUAUAACCCUCAUUAUACUACUGUAAUGAUUUUGUUUACUGUAUUGGAGGUUACUAAAUUUAAUUUGAUGGUUCAAAGAGCAUUUCAAAAAAAGCGUAUAGAUAUUCUAUCAAAACGGAAGACUGGGAGUAAAUUUGUGAUAUGCCAAUAGGUGUUGUCAGUGGCACUGUAUUAUCUGGAAAAGACUAUGCUUUCUUAUAUGUAUUUGGUGGUGUAUCUGAGGAAUUAGAACUUAGAGGAAGAGAACUAAAUUACUUAGUCUAUGACAUUGAGUAUGAUGAGUGGGCAUUGAAAGUUGAUCUGUCAAUAAAAAGUCCUUUUAUUAAUAAUAGAUAUGUAAAACCUUGUAUUGAUCAUAUAGGCAACAAUAUUUUUGUUUCACUUUAUCGCUAAAAAGACUGCAUUUAUGUUCAGUUCUUUGAAUUAAUAAAGGGAGGAAUAAAUAUUAAGUUUAAAAUUGAAGACGAAAGAGAUGAGUUAAUAAAAGAAUAAGAAGAAGAAAUAGAUAUAUUCAAUGACAUCAAAUAUUAAGAUUAUUUUAAAACAUAUUAAGACGAUUUAUCUUUUAUCUUUGUUAGGGAUACAAUAUAUUUCCUCGAUGAAUUUAACAAUGCCCUUAUAACAUUAAAUUUUGCUAACUUUAAUAAUAUAAAAUACGAUAGAACCCCUUGUAGUAUCAUAGCAAAUGAAAAAGAAAAUAAAACAGGAUUAGAUAAACAAAUUACCAUAGAUCGCAAUACAUCAAUCGACAGUUUUUACUUUAAUGGAUACUGA